CUAUAAUUAGAAGCCACGUCAUUAAGCUAUACACGAAUCAGGAGGGUUUUCCACGUGUGUUUUGGCUGCUGUUCCGACUCAGUAAAAUUUUUGUCCGACGCAGCAAAAAUGUGUGCAACACAGUGAAAAAUUAACUGAUCCGCGUCCAUUGUGAACGAGAAAGAAUUUGUGCACGAUUAUGCUUUGACAGCGAAGGACUGAGAUCGGUGUCUCAGAAGGAUGAUAUUGUGUAACUGCUUACACCUUCCCCGAUCAUAUAUGGAGCCAACAAACACUGCUGUGAAAAACCGAUACGGAGAGCUGGAAUUUCCCAAGGUUUCUUUCUGUAACCUCAAUCCGAUGAAAUUUUCAAAAAUGGUGGAAAAGGAAAAACUUUUCAGAAUAAUCAAUGAAACUGCUGCGCUGACUAAAGUUGACAUAUUAGAUUUUGGAAUAUUUGUGGAGAAAUAUGUAAAGCAAUACCUACCAUCAGCUCCAUUAGGAAUCCAGUCUACCUCUGACGCUAAAAACUUGUUCUACCUGGCCAUGGGGGAAUUAAGUGCUCUUGAUGACGUAGCGCAACCAAUCAAAGAAUUCAUUGUUUCGUGCGAAUAUCAAGGACAGCCCUGCGAUCAGAAGGAUCUGGUGUCGUAUAGAGAUGAAUUUUAUGGUGUCUGUUAUAAAUUUGUCCCUUUGAAACAGCCAACAGUAGCAUCGCCAGGACCGCAAAUGGGUUUGACACUGACUUUGAAUGUGGAGGAACAUGAGUAUAUUCCAUUUAUUACUGGUUCUGCUGGAGUCAUUAUGGAUAUUGCACGGAUUCAGAACUCUGAAAUGGAUAGAAUUCCCAUCAUGAAGACUACAGGGAUUCUGAUGUCACCAAAUGUAGAAACGAACAUUGCUCUACAAAAUACGGAGCACAUUCGACUUCCGGGAGCAUCCAAGAAAUGUGCGAGUGACAUGAUUGGGGGUGUGGCGGAAUGUAUCGAGACUUGUGUUGGAACCGUCGCUGCCAAGCUGAGUGGUUGUGCACAUGAAAUCACUUAUAUGGUGGGAACAGUCGGAAUGUGUGAAACUCUGAGAGAGAUAGAAGAAAAUGAAUAUGUUCGUGUACAUCUAGACAUAGGGUCAUCAUGCACUCACUGCAAGAUCCCUUGCUUUGAGCAUAUUCAUGAAAAAACUAUAUCCAUGACUAGUUGGCCAAUAGAUUCUUAUAUUCCGAUUCUCAAAAAUCAACUAAAGGAAAGUGGGGUUAAUAUUACUGUAGACACACAGCUGGACACAAGUAGCUUAUUGAAGAUUCACGUGUUUUUCUCGACACUUGCAACAACCAUCAUAGAGGAGGAAAAAGCUUAUACGUUUGGGAACUUCCUGAGUGACAUCGGUGGUCAGCUGGGAUUGUGGGCGGGGAUUUCCGUUCUCAGUCUGGCGGAGGUGUUAGAACUUUUAGUUCUGAUCGUUGUGGGAUUCUGCACCAGAAAGAACAAGACUGCGAAUGAGGUCGAAUCAAUAAAAGACUUGAAAACAGUGUCCAACUAGUAUAUAUUUCUUAUACAUGUUUUACAAUGUACUUGGUGUAAAUUUUAUUUACAUAAAUUAACUGUAUGUAUAUAUGUACAAAUGUAUGUAUUUAAGAAAUGAAAGUAAUCUCUACAUGUAUGUUGUUCGGUUUAUAAUGCGUAAAUUUACUACUAUUAGUACAAUGUACUACAUGUAGUAUAUUUCGUAGUAUUGCACUACUAGUAUACAUAUCGUAUACAAUGAGUAGAAAUUACUUCGUUCCUUUUGAUAUACAAUGUAGCCCAGAAAAACGCGUUUGAUAUGAUUCAAUGAAUUAAUUGGUCUAAUUUACAGAAAAAAAUAAAUUGUAAAUGACGCGGAACAAUAUUGCCUAGCAAAAUAAUAAUGAUACCCCCUCCUCAUGGCAAAGAAAAUGGAAACUGGCCAUGGAAACAGGGCGAGCGCAAUAGUAAUUUUGUCUGUUUGUCUGUAAUGAUGAUGUAGAAAACAACAAUACCGAUGUGAACUGGGAUCAAAGUUUCAUUUUCAAAGAGUUAGAUGUUCCAAUUUCAUGUGAUGAAGUUUGUAAUGUAUUAUCAAAGAAAACGAAAGCUUGUAAAUCGCCGGAUAUCGACAACUUGUUACAUGUAAAUGAAUACUUUUGUAAAUUUUGCGAUAUUUUUACUCCAUCUAUUAAAUAUUAUCUUUGAUCAACGUAAAAUGGAACUGCUAACAACACUACGGUAGUAACUAUAGGAUUUAAAGGUUCAACUCUGGGGAGUUGUUUGUCAAAAUUAUUUACCUCUGUUUUAAAUAAUAGAUUGUUAAAAUGGUCUGACGAAAUUGUUGUGUCAGAUGUUAUAUUUGGCGUCAGUUGGCACUGCAGAUAUUAUAUUUGACGUCACUUGACAUUACAGAUACUAUAUUUGGUGUCAGUUGGCAGUACAUAUAUUAUAUUUGGUGUCAGUUGGCAGUACAUAUAUUAUAUUUGGCGUCAGUUGGCAGUACAAAUAUUAUAUUUGGUGUCAGUUGGCAGUACAUAUGUUAUAUUUCCGUUACAAAAUGUCAUUAGUAGAAUGUUAUCACGUAAAAAUUAUAAAUUAUCUUGCUGUUUAGUUGAUUAUCAAAAAAACUUUCAAUAAUGUUAAUCGAAACAAGUUAUUUUUAUAUUAUCUCGUAGAAAACGACUCUGUGAUCUGGUAAAUUUGUAAAAAGUGCUUUUCUCUUACGAUCUAGUCCAGCUAUCCUCUAAUAUAUGUGUUAUUUAGACUUUACUUAUAACUCCCUUCAUGUAUGUCCAUCCUCUAAGAUUCACUCCACUUUCUAUAUUAUACAUAGCUUUUUGUUAUACGCCCGUAUGGUAUACCGUCGCCCGUCUGAAUCUUGUAGGCAAAAUGCAAAAUGAAUCGUAAGCUCAAAAAAGACCUUACAACUUGGUACAUUUGAUUAUUAUGAUGAGAGGAAGAUGUCUAUUGUUUUUUUAAGGUCAGAGGUCAAAGUCGUAGUAUCAAUUAAUAGGAAAACCUCGUAGGUAGAAUACAGACCGAACAAUCGGAGCUAGGAUCUUACAACUUGGUACAAUUAAUCACCAUGAUGAAUUGAAGAUGGCUAUUAUUCUUCAAGUUUAGAGGUCAAGGUUGUAGUAUCAGUUUAUGAGAAAAUCUUGUAGGCAGAAUACAAACCGAAGUAUUGGGCUAGGGCCUUCAAACUUGGUACACAUACUCCCCAUGCCAAGUGGAGUACGCGUUUUCUUCUUCAACGUCAAAGGUCAAGGUUGUAGUAUCACUUAGUAGGGAAACCUUGAAGGCAUAAUACAGAUCGAACUGUUUGGGGCUAGGUCAAACUUGGUACACAUGCACCUUAUGCCAAGCGGAGAAUGCCUAUUGUUUCUUAAGGUCAAGUUCGUAGUAUCACUUAAUAGAAAAACCUUGUUUUCGUUUUCCAGAUUAUUUUUUUUUUGGUUAUAAUUACAGGUAUUGCCUUGAAAUUAUGUCAGAUCACACCUCUCAGAAAAAUACAUAAUCAGUUCACAUUUCAGCUUGAUUGGUGCACCGUAACCUACUUUAGGGCUAAAAGUAGGUCAAAUAGUUUUCUGGAUUUUUUCUCAUCAUAGAUACAGAUAUUGCACUAAAGAUCUAACGGGCGUAUGUUGUACCGUUUGCGGUACUCUUGUUUAUAUUUUGUAAUGCUGAUGAGCCGUAAGGCUUAAAGCCAACAAUCACAAUUAUUCGGCCGUAUCCAUACCCACAAACAGACAAAUGAACGAAUAAAUCUGCGUUUUACUAGUGAAAUUAAAUCGUAUGUAUUAUGAAGAUAGAAUCUUUUGAUAGCAAAGAUAUUUUUGUAUCAUACAAUGAAUAAUUUACUUAAAAUUAAUCAACAACAAUACUCCAAAUGAACAUGGUAUGGACUUUAAAUAUAUCCUUAAAGUUACCAUUUACAGGAAAAUAAAGAAAACAACAUGUUCACGUGAUCGUUGAGGAUACCCUCUUUUCCAUAGUCAUUAUGAUACGCAUCACGAAAUUUCUCCCGCCAUUAUGAUAUACAUAUGUACACAUGUUCGUUUAGAAAUGUUCUAGAGAUGUACUUGAAUUGAAUUUAUUAAAGUUUUGAUAUAAAUCUC